AGGAAACCUUCGAUCACGCUCAGAAAGAAUGUGCUACAAUCUCGGCGCUGCCGCGGCCGAUACCGCGCCCGCGCCGGAGCCGAAGCCGGAGCCGAAGCCGAAGCCGGAGCCGCCGCCGCCCCGCCUGCCGGGCCGGCCCCGGGCUCGCAGCGCGCGGUCCCCGCCGCCGCCGCCGCCCCGCGCUCGCCCCGCGCUUGACGCAGUGAGCGCCGCAGCCCGGCUCCCGCCGGCUCCGCUCCGCUCCCGGUCGCAGGCCGAGCCCAGCCCGGCGGGCUCCGGGAGGGGCGGGCAGGGCGCGAGGGGGAGGAGAUCUGUCUGGAGCCAGCGAGCCCGGCGGAGGAAGAGGAGGAGGAAGGAGGGGAAGCCGCCGCCGCCGCCGCCGCCGCCGCGCUCCGGGGAUCUGGGCGCGCGCGCUCUGCUUGCCGGCGACGGUGGCGCCAGCCCCCGGCCCGCACCCGGGCCCAGUGGCAGCUGCCUGCGUGACCGUGUGCUGUUCCUUGGGGUCCUGGAAGGUGGAGAAGACGUGUAUGACCCCCGCAGGGAGGAGCCCGCCAGCCCAUACUGCCCUGGUGUGCCGUGUCGCUGCCCGGCCCUAACCGGAAGGACCGUGGAGCUGGAGGUGCAGGGCGGAGCUGUCCAGACACCCGGGCCGAUGGGGGAGGCGACCACGGUCUCGGCAGGACAUAGGCGCAUGACCGGGGGCCUGCGGCACUGAGG